GAAUUAGUCUCAGGCUAAGGUUCAAAGACAAAGGAAAGAAGAGGCAGGCAGGCAGGCUAUCGAGUUUGGUACAACAAUUCUAGAAUUCCUCCAUGAGCACCACCAUUUCAACAUCAUAGUACGGAUUGCCAACGCUAUAUAACUCCUUGCUCGUUGUCGCGUUUUCCAAGCACAAAAUCAUUACAGUCAUGUUUUCCCUUCCAAACCUUGCCCCGACAGACUCCUACAAUCUUUGGUACACAUCAUCUCAUAGCAACAUUCCCCAGCACAUAGAACCCACAAACAAUACAUUUGAUCAUACCGCUCUCCAUGUUACAUCAAACCAAAACCACGGCUCGCGUCGUCAACAAGCCAGUAAUAGAACACCUCUAGCACGAUUACGCUUAGAUGAAGAAUACAUCGAGAGGAGAAAGCAAAAUGUACAAAACUGGGGAAGUUCCUGGAUUAAGCCUCCGGGAGUAGCAAAAUCGUUACAUCAAUUGAGAGAAGAGAAAAGAGAAAUGGAAGAACAUCAAGAAGCAAUGAGACGAGAACAAUUGGCACAAGAACUUGCCGAAGCGGAACAGGCGGAGACGGAGGCAAUGAUACCGGCUGACGAUAUGGAGGGUGAGAUGGAUGGGGUGGUGGAUCUUGAUGAUGAGAUUCCUGAUGCGGAUGAGACGGGAAUGGGACCCAGUGAUUCAUCCGAUGCGAGUGAAGAUGAUGAAGAUGAAGAUGAAGAAAACGAUCUCGAGGAUGUUCCUAGAGCACUCACAGCUUCUCGCAUGACGGAUGAAGCUUACAGAGAUGCGAUAACACGUCUCGGGCCCCCCAGAGGAUCAAUGCUAGAAGAUGAUGGCGCUUCUACCAUUGCCGAAGAAGAGCAAUCGCAAAUGCUACAAGAGGAAGAUCUAGUUCAUGAGCACGAAGAAGAUAAUCAAGAUGAAGACAUGGAAGUGGAUCUUGAUGAUGAUAUUCCCGAAGGCGACGAAGGAUAUGAACAUACAGAUACGGAAGAUGAAUUGGAUAGCAGUGAGGAGGAAAGUGAAGCUGAAAGUCUUCCUCUUGGAAAUCAUGGAGGUCAUGGUGCAAGUAUGGUUAGGAGUGAUGGUACUCAAAACUCGAUGGAUCUUUCGAAUCUUAUAUCGCACGAUAGUAGUGUGUUAUAUAGUAGUCCUCGAGGAGCAAGAUGAUGUGAUGGACGAUUCAACAAUGGAUAUGAUCACAAUUCCUGGAAAGAAAAACAACGAAAAAGAAAGACACAAUUUCAAGGGCUGACAAGCAAUAUCCGUCGUAGAUUCUUGGGGUAUAAUCAGGCACGAAGUACAAGUAUUUUAAUAGGGAUAGAUAUCUCUGACUCAACAAUCUAAUAUCACCAAUGGUAGACACGACGCGGUAUUCGACGAAGGAGUUCAUCACAUACCAAAUCAACCCCAGGGCAUAUAAUGGGCGCAUAGGACAAACCCCAAAACAACUCUAAUUCAUCGGAAGAGAUAAAAUGGUAUCGAAUAGUUACGGCGUCAUGGAGUAUAUAUCUUUUUCCGAUACCCCAACAUAAAUAUUUUACGCUUCUCUUUUUUAUUCUUUUUUUUAAGGGGAGUUCUUUAGUGAUAGUGAUGUAUGAUGGUAAUGCGAAAUGAAUAAUUAAAUGAUAAUAAUGAUGAUGGUCUUUGCAGAUUUUGAAAUGAAGAGUUGGUUCCUGGGGUUUUGAUGUGAGGUUGAUGUGAGGCUUUGAUUUUGAGAAUUGAGAAAUUGGGGAGUUGGGGAGUAAGGGUUAGAUUGUUGAGAUGUGAACGGUAGGUGGUAAAUGGGAAAUGGGUGAAGGGUAAUUGGUAGGUGGUAAAUGGUAAAUGGUAAAUGGUAAGUGGUAAAAGGGUUAGGGGGAGAUUGGCGAGGGGUGAACUAAGAACUGGGUAAUUGGUGGAUUGGGGUCUGGGUGGA